AUGCAGCCCCCUUCUCAAACAAGUUCUGAGAGGUCCAACUUGCUGCGGCCGCACGAUGGCCUUUUCUCCGGUUUAUCCCCGGGUGGGAUGGAGAACGCCGGAAGAAAAAUCAACAGAUUUGGCAGGAGCGGCGGCGGCGGUAUUCGUGAGACAAUUGCGCAGGCUCCCCUGCGUGGUAUUUAUCUGCGGCCCACGGUGUUUAUGAUCGAUGGCACCGCCAGACAUCUGAUGGAGGUGCUGUAUCCAUUGAAUAAUGACAGCUCUUCUUCUUCUUCUGCUACGACUACCACCAACAGCACCUCAACCUUUUUUUUGCCAGCAAAGGCAAACGAAGAGAAUUCGAUGUGGUGGGGCUCCCGGUAUCCCUAUUCUCGGGCGUCGUGGGUGGUUUUUGAAUAUUCAUUGGCGCCCGCUCUUCUGCCUUCGGCCGCCGCUGAGACCAUCUCAAAGACUCCAAGCAGGUACACGGAAGAGGAGUUGGUCCGAGAGCUCCCUUUUCACAUGACGCACUCGGCAGAAUCCGCGCAGUGGCUUCUUGAAGCGGCAAAACGGAUGUCCACAAGUUUGCGUGAGAACCGUCAUUCAGCUCCUUUCCGAGUGGAGUGCUGCGGGACAAUCGGCAAACUGUUCCCACCGCGUCGUGUGUCUGUGCCUCUAGGAGGUGAUGCCGAGUGCCUGCGGCCUGGCGGUUCAGUGUUGCUUGGCGGCGUUGAGGUGGCGGUGCGUGCGAUGCGGCCCGGUGAGGAGUUUGCGUUCAUCAUCAUAAAUCCAACAUCCAUCUACGACGAUGCACAAAACGCAUACGGUACACACUUUUCCCAUAACCCGGCGGCUUUCCCCAUGCGAUGUGUUUAUAUCCGCAUUAAGCUGUUGAAUCAUUUGCCACGUGAGCCCCUUUGGUUGCCAAUUGCACAGAAGUACAUUUUGAAUGGCUCAUCUUCUACGCCGCCGUCGCAGCUGGAUUGGAUGAAACCGACGUCAGAGGAUGUGCACGGCUGUAUGCUUCCACUUCUCUUUUUCAGCUCCUCGCUUUUUUUUACCAACUCCUCGAACGCGACGUUUUUAGACGCAGUGACAUAUAAAUGUGCUCUUCGUGCACUUUUUGUAUCCAACGCGUCUGCGUUUUUGAAUUGUCACGUGGUGGGUCAUCCCGGCGCUUCCGUGGCGUUUUUGUUGGAUGCGAUGGCGCCCCAUUCGCAGAGCGGCCUUGCGGGGGCAGAGCAGUUGAUGCGGCGGAGUCUCGGCGGAACGGGCGCUACUGCUCAGAAUAAUAGUAGCAGCAAGGACGGACGUGACAACGAAGAAGAAGAAGAAGAAGUGGAAGGAGGAAGGGGAAGGGGAAGGGGCGAAAACGUUCCGACGGACGAGGAGGCGUUAAAAUUUUUGCGCCUGGCUUUCUUUUCCGUUCCUCGCGAUGGCGCGACCCUGUCGUGUAGUGUCACGCGGAGGAGUCCGCUGACAGGUAGUAUGCUCAGGCCCAGGAGUCUCGCUGGCGUGGAGCUGGGGAGCAUGUCCCUGCCGCUUUGGCUGGAUGUAUUGCUUCAGACGAUGCGUGGCGGAGAGGAGGAAAUUGUAAAAAUGCGACAUAACUGUGAGGAUGAUGGCGCUUUUCAAUGUUCAUUGGCAAAUGAUCUGCGGACAUCUGCCUUUCUACAGUCUCGCGUCAUGGAAGAUAUGCACGUCAACAACAUCGUGCAGAGGGAGCGACCGGAGGAACAGGGCACCCCACUGGACAUGUCAAUCCAGUCACCGAAUUCCGCCAGCAGCGCGCAGACGCUGCUGAGUGAUGGGCUGAGAGGAGAGUUUGAUUCCAAGAAUUUUCCUCCACAUGAGCUUCAUUGCCGUAUUUCCCUUGAAAGCUUUGCGAAUGUGCAUGACGUGGCCUCGUUCUUCUUUGUUGACCCUGCGAACUCACUUCGGGUGGUGCAAAAACUGGAACAGGAGGCAAACGCACUGCGCAAGUUGGGAAAACAGCGACUGACAGAGUCGCAGCGGCAAUCAAAAACUGACAAGGAGAAGAAGUAUCAUUUCAAGAGGAUCAGCAGGCGUAAUGAAAAUGGGAGUAAUAUUGAUGGGGAGGACCUUGCCAUCCCCGCAUGCGCCAUGGUUGAGCCCAUGACGGUUCAUCCCAGGCCCUUUGGGCACAUCAGUGAACCCUUCGAGGAGCGUGGCAUCGUGAAGGCUAUUCAGAAACUGGAACUUGUGGUUCUUCUUUUGACGUUUCACGUGAACGAACGCCGCAUGCUUGCCAGAGGCGUGUCGGUUGCGCUGAUGGAAAAACGUCUUGUGGCUUUGAUGGCCACGUUCCGUGACUUGGGUCGGCUCUACACAAAACUGCGCCACGAGUCUGCAUGGACGUUGGCCAUGGAGGCAUUUUCCGCCGCCAUUUUGCUGGCACCACGAAAUCCCCAGCUGUGGAUGCGCCGUGGCGUGCUGCGACUAAAAAUGCAUACAAACCACAGCGCCAUGUGUGAUUUGUCUAGAGCCAAGUUUCUCGCGGAGGCGGGGCUGCGGCGGUUGUACUUCUCGCGAGACAGUGAGACGUGUGAGGGCGGGGGCGAAGGAGCCAUGCCAUCCGUCUCGACCGCCACCGCUUCUACCAGCGCCGCGGUCUCGGUGGGUCCUGCUGCUGCUGGGGAUUUUUCUGCACACGAGGAGUCCACUCUUCGGCACAUUCUGGUGAAUGCGGAGACUCUCCUCACGGAAUUGCGGCUGCUGGCGGAGGAGAGGGACACCACACCAUCGGCGUCGCAUCAGCCUGAGGCGGAGUGCCAAGAAUAG